UUUCGCGCCUUCUGUCCAAUCCGGCUUCUCGGCGAGCUCGGGGCGGGACUCUCGCGGCGUCCGUGCUACUCCGCCCCGCAGCGGCCCGAAGGGAGUCGGCCGCGGCGGCUGUCCGAAGCGUCGCCAGGCUGAUUCAGCUCCCUGUGAGAUUCCGCAGAGCAGAGCUGUUCCUGCAGGCUCCUGGCGGUCCUGAACAGCCCAUCUCAGUGGGCCGUUUUCUUCUUGUGAUUGUCAUGGAAAAUCAACUGGCUAAAUCAACAGAAGAAAGAACAUUUCAGUACCAGGAUUCUCUUCCAUCACUACCCGUUCCUCCACUUGAAGAAUCACUAAAAAAAUACCUUGAAUCAGUAAAGCCUUUUGCAAAUGAAGAAGAAUAUAAGAAAACUGAAGAAAUAGUUCAAAAAUUUCAAAAUGGAAUUGGAGCAGAAUUGCACCAGAAGUUACUUGAAAGGGCAAAAGGAAAAAGAAAUUGGCUGGAGGAGUGGUGGCUGAAUGUGGCCUAUCUGGAUGUUCGUAUACCAUCACAACUGAAUGUCAACUUCGCGGGUCCUUCGCCCCAUUUUGAACACUACUGGCCUCCAAAAGAAGGCACUCAUUUAGAAAGAGGAAGUAUAAUUCUUUGGCAUAACUUGAACUACUGGCAGCUAUUAAGAAAGGAAAAAGUGCCUGUUGACAAAGUUGGGAACACUCCUCUAGAUAUGAAUCAAUUCCGAAUGCUGUUUUCUACCUGCAAGGUUCCAGGAAUUACUAGAGAUUCAAUUAUGAAUUAUUUUAGGACUGAGAGUGAAGGGCAUUCCCCAAGUCACCUUGCAGUGCUGUGUCGCGGCCGAGUUUUUGUCUUUGAUGUAAUACAUGAAGGCAGUCUGAUCACCCCGCCAGAGUUUCUCAGACAGCUGACGCACAUCCAGGAGAAGUGCCGCAGGGAGCCCGAGGGGCCUGGGAUAGCCGCGCUCACCAGUGAGGAGCGGACCCGGUGGGCUAAGGCACGAGAAUAUUUGAUUAGUCUCGAUCCAGAGAACUUGACUUUGUUAGAAAAAAUUCAGAGCAGCUUAUUUGUGUAUUCCAUGGAAGAUGGCAGGCCACAUGUAACACCGGAAGAUUAUUCCCAGAUAAUUUCGAUACUGUUUAGUGGAGAUCCUACGGUACGCUGGGGUGACAAAUCCUAUAAUUUGAUUUCCUUUUCUAAUGGAGUAUUUGGCUGUAAUUGUGAUCAUGCUCCGUAUGAUGCAAUGGUGAUGGUGCACAUUGCCCAUUACGUUGAUGAGAAAAUUUUAGAGAAUGAAGGAAGAUGGAAGGGCUCAGAGAAAGUACGGGAUUUACCUUUUCCAGAGGAGCUUGUCUUCACAGUGGAUGAGAAAAUACUGAAUGACAUCAGCCAAGCUAAAGCCCAGUAUCUUAAGGAGGCAUCUAAUCUGCAGUUUGCAGCAUAUGCCUUCACAUCUUUUGGCAAAAAACUAACCAAGAAGAAGAAGCUUCACCCCGACACAUUUAUUCAGCUUGCACUUCAGCUGGCCUAUUACAGACUUCAUGGACGCCCUGGUUGCUGUUACGAAACAGCAAUGACAAGAUACUUUUAUCACGGCCGUACAGAGACUUUGCGUCCGUGUACAACAGAAGCAGUCAGAUGGUGCCAGUUCAUGCAGGAUCCUUCUGCCAGUCUCCUGGAGCGGCAGCAAAAGAUGUUGGAAGCGUUUGCAAAGCAUAACAAGAUGAUGAAGGAGUGCUCUUCUGGAAGAGGCUUCGACCGUCACCUUCUAGGUCUCUUACUCACAGCGAGAGAGGAAGGUCUCCCUACUCCAGAGCUCUACACGGACCCACUUUUUUCUCGAAGUGGAGGUGGUGGAAAUUUUGUCCUUUCAACCAGUCUGGUUGGUUAUUUACGAAUCCAGGGAGUGGUGGUGCCCAUGGUUCACAAUGGCUAUGGAUUCUUCUACCACAUCCGAGACGACAGGUUUGUCGUGGCCUGUUCAGCCUGGAAAUCAUGUCCCGAGACAGAUGCAGAAAAACUAGUCCAGCUGAUUUUUCAUGCCUUCCAUGAUAUGAUGCAGCUGAUGAACACUGCUCAUCUUUAGAGACUAGUGCUUGUUAAGCACUCGCCAAAAUACAUUAAACUGGGUGCUGGGAGUGGGUUGGUGAUGAGAUGGGAAGGAGUGUUGUGAUUUGAGAAAGGAAAUGUUAACAGUAGAAAUUGAUAAAAAUCAUGCUAAGUGUAUUCUGCCAUAGAAGUAAUGUGUUUAAGCUUCCUCUGAUGCAGCAGCAAUGCAAAUGAUGAUCUAGUGAAUUGAGAACUAUGCAAUGUUCCAGAAAAGCCACAACAAUGCAGAUCUACAGAUUUUAGCAAUGGAAGUCUUAAUCUACUUUUAAAAUAUUUUUGUUGGUACUUGUAUAGGUUAUAAAUCCUCUCUGAAUGUCCAUAUUUCAAGCACUUUAACAUUUUCUAAUUGCCAAAGUGUAUGAAAUACAUGAUGGGAUGAGAAUUCCUCUGAAAUCAUUGGCUUCCAUAUUCACCACUGGCUGGCUGGGAGAGACCACUCUGAUUUAAUUAUGAUCGAAGAGAGAUUAUUCAACAUAAAGGGUUAUUUGCAUUUUCUAACAGGAAAAAAAAUUUAAAAACCCUAACAAAAUCAAAUGUGAUAUACUGCUAUAAUUAAUUUUGUCAGUAUAGCAAAUUUUAUUAUUAAAGUUAGUGACUUUUAAAGAGUUCAGUGUUGAAUCAGAUUCUCAGGAUUUUAAGCCUGUUUUUUCUUGUUCAGUUUUGUAGUUUCUAUUCUCAAAAAUAAAACCUUCAAAAUCAUAAA